AUGCACAUGCACACCCCUCCUGCAGCCUGCAUAGCUGCUGAGCUUUGUGUUCAAUCUGAGCGCCUGUGGGAUAGUCCAAUCUACUUGGACCUUGACCAACCAGGUGGAAAAAAUGGUGUGUGCAAAGUCUGGAGGCUGCUCAAAGGCUUAGACCUUGUGGAAACACGGUCUGUCCCCAUAACGUUGUGGCUCUUUUGUACCUGCCGGCUGCUUGGCAGCCCCACCACGCACCACUGGGUGCAGGACACUGCUGCCAUGAAGGACUUGGUUAAACGCAUGGUGCUAAAGACCCACCCGUGUCAGGAGUGCGGCAAAUCCUUCAGCAAGAAGGGAAACCUGAAGAGACACCAGCGGAUCCACACAGCAGAGGAGCUCUUCACUUGCAGGGAGUGCGGGAGGCGCUUCACCACCCGGGGCCACCUCACGACCCACCAGAGCAUCCACACAGGAGAGAGGCCCUUCUGCUGCGGGGAAUGCGGGCGCUGCUUUCGCCUGGAGAUAUGCCUGGCCGCCCACCGAAAGACACACGCCAAGGGUGGUCCCUACCUCUGCGCCCGCUGCGGCAAGAGCCUGAGCACAAAGAUCUACUUCAACAUCCACAUGCGGACGCACACGGAGAAGAGGCCAUUCGCCUGCACUGAGUGUGGGAAAAGCUUUGUGAAGAAGGGGACCCUCACCGCCCACAGGGAGAUCCACAAGAGGGAGAAGCCCUUCAAAUGCCCCGACUGCAGUAGGUGUUUUGGGCAAAGUGCCACACUGCUGGCUCAUCAGAAGAUACACCUCCGUGGGGGGCCGUUCAUUUGUACUGAGUGUGGGAAGAGCUUGAGCACCAAGCGGUAUUUCCAUGUCCACCAGAGGAACCACGCUAAGCAAAAGCUGCUUGAGGGACAAAUCAACAGUGUGUCUCUCCAGGUCAUCCAGAUUAAAAAGGAGCCUGAUUUUGCCUUCAGAUCAGAGGAGAAUAUGUUGGAGAAUAUGUCCCGUGAAGGAGAUGUAGCCCAGGGGUGCAGCAUACCUAGAAACCCAUCAAAUCCAAAAUGCCCUCCUUGGAAAAUCCAGAUGAAGGAGGAACCAGAACUAUGCACUGAUGACACAACAAACCUUACUGCAGUAGCCUGCCAGAAACUUUACAUCAAGGAAGAGCCCCCAGAAAACCCGGACUAUGGAAAGCUCUUUGUUCCAAAUAUUCCACUGAUGGCUUCACAGGGGAGACAGCUUAAAAAGGAAGAAGAUGCUGAUGGGCAGCAUGAAUGGGAAGUCCCCAUAGCCAGUAACCAGGUGCUCCAUUUGAAGGAAGAACCACAGGAAAGCAUCGAGUCUGGGAUGCAUUUUAGGCAGAAGCCAAACCUCAGUGCUAUCCAGAGGAUCCAGAUUAAAGAGGAACCUGGUGUGGAGGCCAACCACCAGGAGAGCCAGAGACCAAAGAGGAAGCAGAAGAAAUGCUAUCAGCCCACCAAAGAGGGGAUGCUGGAGAACCGGGAGAAAUCCAUGUCCAAGAAAGAUCCCUCAGCAAAAGGAGCUCCUAAGGGUCAACGGAUAUUCCCCUGUCCUGAGUGCGGGAAAAGUUUCAAUCAGAAAUCGAACCUGACCAGACACAGGAAGAUCCACACGAGCGAGGGGCCGUACAAGUGCGAUGAGUGCGGGGAGAGCUUCCGCAUGAACCGCAAGCUGAUCCGCCACCAGCGAGCCCACAUCAGCGAGCCCUUCAAGUGCACCGAGUGCGGGAAGAGCUUCACCCAGCGGUCAAACCUGGUUCGGCAUCAGAGGAUUCACACCAAGGAAGAACCCUACCAGUGCCCUGAAUGCGAGAAGACCUUCAACCAGAAGGCCAACCUCUUCCGGCACCAAACCAUCCACGUCCGGAUGGGGCCUUGCAAGUGCACCAAGUGCGGGAAAUGCUUCCCUCAGAAGCGCCACCUUAUUAAACACCAGCUGCUCCAUUCCCGAGGUGGGGCCUACAAAUGUGGGGUCUGUGGGAAGCGCUACCGGCUGAAGAAGUACCCUAUACCAAGCCCUGAAGACACACAAGUGUAUCAGUGUAGUACAUGUGGGAAGAGCUUCCUGAAGAAGAGAAAACUCAUAGCCCACCAGAGGAAG